AACACACAGCUUGAUUAGAGAGUGAAAGAGAGAUAGAACUAAAAAGAAACACCCAACCAAAAACAAACAACGGAAACUCACUUUGUAGCUAGAGAGAAAAAGAAAGUGAAGUUUUAGGUCCAUUCAGAUACUUAUAUAUCUAACUACAGAUAGAUUAUAACAUGGCAGAAGAGUUUCAACAAAGUGGUAUUUGCAGUGGGAAUUUGUGGAAUUCUGAUAGGAUUAAUGGAUCCAAUUCAUUACCUUUCUCUACAGGUACAAAUGAUGUAGGAUUCAACAGCUACGUUGGAUCAUGGAGGCACAAUAAUACUACUACUGAUCAUCAUCAUCAUCAUUAUCCAAUAUCAUCAUUAGAGAUGAAUAAAACUAGGUCAUCCACUGAUGAGUCUGGAGGGACUUCGCUGUCUGGUAGCUCAUCGAUUGUUUAUCAAGAUAUUCAAAAACCACAAGAAUCGGAUUCUGUCGGUCAUGAAGGUGGAGGCAACAGCAGCGACAGCAUCUUAAUGGAUUCGACGUUACAAAUGAUGGGGUUUUCUCUUUCUUCUUCAUCAGUACCUUCCCUAGAUUGGAAUAACCAAAAUUACUUAAGCAAUAAUAAUCGAAGUCGCAACGGAAGAGCUGAUGAAGGAGAUGAUGAUCAAGUCCUAAAAGAUUGGAGUAAUGAUUUGAAAAGUUUUAAUUCAUGUGGUGGUAGUGGUGGUGAAGAUUCAUCAUCAACUAUAACUUCUUUGAAGCAAAUAAAUAAUGGUUUUGCUUUAGACGAACAACAACAACAGCCGCAAUCCAGUGAUUGCACGGUUACUUGCGAGGGUUUACCAACAAGUUUCCCGAUAAAUUCUUCUACACUAUAUGGAUGUCCGACAACUUUGUUACAAGGUCUAUUUGAGCCUGAUCAUAAUCUUCCGCCACCAUCGGGGGCUUCUUAUCCUGACGAGAAUCGAACGAUGGACUUUAACAAUCCGUCUUUAACGAAUUAUAUAAUGAACUCAUCCAACGAUCUUUCGUCGAAUAAUACAACUUGGCAGAAAUUUUCUCAUCAGUUUCUCAAGACCACUACUUCACCUCCACAACUACAACCAACGAGUAAUAACCAGUCACUGUACUUCUCAAACGACGCUCCUUUCUGGAACGCUUCAGCUGCAUCCAUGACAAAUGAUCGAUCAAGUUUUCUGCCAUCAUCCCAGCAAAUCCAACUCCUAACAUCGAGUUUUGAAGAAAAUAAACCUUACCCAAGCAAUCACACAGUAAAGCCCAAGAAGUCAGAAGAAGUACGUGAUUCGAGCUCAGCUUUGAAGAAAAGCAACAAUGAACCCUCGUUCAAAAGGCCUCGAAUCGAAACCCCAUUGCCAACUUUUAAGGUACGAAAGGAGAAAUUAGGAGAUCGAAUCACUGCACUCCAACAAUUAGUUUCACCCUUUGGAAAGACGGACACAGCGUCGGUGCUCUUUGAAGCUAUCGAGUACAUCAAGUUCCUCCAUGAUCAAGUCAGUGUUCUGAGUGCUCCGUACCUUAAGAAUUGUAGUGCUCACAUUCAACACCACCACAAGAAUUCUAAUAAAAGUAGAGAUCAUAAUGGGCAAGGAAACCGUAAUUAUCAUCAGCAAGAUCUUAGAAGCAGAGGAUUAUGUUUGGUUCCAAUUUCAAGCACCUUCCCAGUUACUAAUGAGACUGCUACAGAUUUCUGGACACCUACGUUUGGUGGUACAUACAGGUAGAAUGUGAGAUACGUAGAAAGUAAUAUGACCAAAUACCAACUUAAAGUCAUAACCGUUUCUUACUUGACCAACUAAUAUACUUAUUUAACUGAAGAUAUAAGAUUUGGUAUGGAUGAGAAAGUCAAAUGAAAAGCAAAGAUAUAUCCAGGAACUCAGUUAAAGUUCAAGCACUACAGUUUGGGAAGAAAAGCCAAAAUAAGAAAGAAAGGUUAUGAAUCAAUGCAUUGAAUGAACCUUGAAAGUACAGGGUUUAAUAACGCCGGGUCAGCUACUACAGGCAAAAUGAUGUGGGAUUGGCCAGGAAUUAAGGAUUAGCUAGCUAAUUUUUUAAUAACUACUGAUAUCAUAUGAUCAUAUGUAAUAAUAUAAAUUAUUAAUCGGAAGUAUCUUUAAUAUUUGGAAGAUGUGGGUUAGGGAUGGGAACAAGUAGUAGUGCUUAAUUUGGCAGAAAUGUGUAAAGAUAGUAUAAAGGGAGUUUAGUGUCUGUAACUGUGCGUAAGGCUGGCAAUAAUACAUUUGUCACUAUAUGAGAAAAACACCAUUGCUU